UCUUGUUGGUGGUUUUAUUUGAGCAGCCGCUAAUAUUUUGGGCGGAUCUUACCAUAGCUGUGACUCGGCUUCCUUUCUUUUUCUACAACUUCAUUGCGCACAACUUUUCAAAAGUCGAGAUUGCUGGAAAGGACUGAUAGAAGUGAAUCACUGAAAGCUGGAGAUGACUUCUGGAGGAAUGGGGUUGGAGGGUUUGGGGCAGGACAUAAGCCAAGCGGAGUUAGACUUUUCGGAUCUGUUUCUCUACAACACACCCGGAGAAGAUUUCCCCGUUGGCUGCGUGAAAGAUGACUCAGGUGCUCUCCUUCAGAAUGACAGCCAGCCUCCCUUGCUGGUGGUUGAUCAUCACACCGCAAAUGUCUCCACCUUGGCCCAUCCAGAUUGCAGCCAGGACAACUUCCCUCAAAGUCCCACCUCAGACAACCUGCCAGGGGCCGGGUUUGAGUGUCUGGAGCUGACAUCAGGAGCCAGUAAUAUCCCUGCCCCGAGCCCCAGGAUUGAGAUCACUCCAUCGGGUGAUUCUCUCAGCUCUCACACCCUGGAGCCAAGCCCUGGCUCUAAAGCUCUGGGUGCAUACAGGGAUUGUGUGAGCCCCGCUAGCAGUAACUCCUCUUCAGGCUGGCUGGCGGAUAUUGGCUCUCCCUUGAACUCACCCAGUGUCUCCCCUCCAAACGCCAGCAACUACAGCAUCUCCUCCUCUGCCUUAGACCUGUGCCCAGGUUUGCAGGGGAUCCAUACUUCCUCUGCACACUCCUCUCCUCGCAACAGUAUCACGGAUGAGACCUUCCUGCAGCCGAUUCACCAGCGCUCAACCUCUCCGCUUCCCCACCAGCGUUCCCGCUCCACCUCACCACAAGGCAAACGCUGUUUUGACCAGACCCACCCCUGCCAGGGGGGUACGCCAAUCAAGCAGCGCUCCCGGAGCCCCAGUCCCAACCCGUCACCCCACGAGCCCUACUUCAUCCACCAAUAUCAGGCCCAAGCGGAGUUUCAGUCCCAUGUUCAGACAGCACCACAGGCCCUGGAGGAAGUGCUCAAAAACCUCAGUUCAGGUUUGCCUAGAGUUGGAGCUCCUAAAGGGGUGGGAGCCACUCACCCACAGCCCCCGAGACAGGACUGUGUUUAUGGAGACAUGUAUGACUGGGCCAUUGAUCAUGAGAGGAUGGGCAGGUCUGGAGCUGAGGUGAAAUCUGAGCCCUUCUACAUUCUCCCAUCUGGGUGGGCUCCCCCUCAGCCUGUACAUCAACCCACACCAUGCACAUUCAGUGGUCUCUCUGUAGCACCACUCCCAUCCUUGGAGUGGGCACUGCCCAGUCAGUCCGGCCAAUACGAGCUUCUGAUCCAGCAGCAACCCAGAUCCCACCAUAGAGCUCACUACGAGACUGAGGGCAGCCGAGGAGCAGUCAAGACACCCAAUGGAGGCCAUCCUGAAGUUCAGCUUCGGGGAUACCAAGGCACAAUUCCGCUGGGGCUGCAGGUCUUCAUUGGGACAGCGGAUGAGAAGCUUCUGAAACCGCACGCCUUUUACCAGGUCCACCGCAUCACUGGGAAGACCGUCACCACGCCAAGCCUGGAAAGGAUGAUCAGUGGGACAAAGGUUUUGGAGAUCCUUCUGGAGCCAAAGAGCCACAUGAGAGUGGUGAUUGACUGCGUUGGCAUUCUGAAGUUAAGAAAUGCUGACAUUGAGUUGCGGAACGGCGAGACGGACAUCGGACGGAAGAACACGCGCGUUCGUUUGGUGUUUCGUGUCCACAUCCCUGAACCUGGAGGCCAUUUUGUCUCUCUUCAAGUUGCUUCCAACCCCAUCGAAUGCUCUCAGCGCUCGGCGCAGGAGUUCCCUGCGGUCGAGAGGCAGGACCUGGACCGCAGCUCCGUACUUGGCGGUCAGCAGAUGGUCCUAACUGGACAGAAUUUCACAUCUGACUCCAAAGUGAUAUUUUCUGAAAAGACCCAAGAUGGUCAGCAAAUCUGGGAGGUGGAAGCCACUGUGGACAGAGACAAAACCCAAGCUAAUAUGCUGUUUGUUGAGGUUCCUCCUUAUCGAGACCGAAACAUUUGCCAGCCGGCCAAAGUCAACUUCUAUGUCAUCAACGGAAAGAAGAAGCGCAGUCAGCCUCAGCAUUUCAUCUACACUCCUGUGAUAGCAAUCAAAGCAGAGCCUCGAGAUGACUACCAUCUGGAUUCAUACAACUGCUCAGACAAUCAUCACCUGUCUGCUAUUUCAAUGAAGUCCCUUUACCAUCACUUUGAGCAAGAUAUCAACCCUCCAAUCUUGAAUGUUUCGUCCUCACUCUACCAUCUAGCCACUGUAGACCCCAGAAGCCAUAUGCUGCCACUUGAUUCUUUCGAGGAGCCAGCUUAUUACCAGUCCAGACCUGGGAAUGUGGUCAACAACCCAGUGAUGUAUCACUCUGCAAACCAGCUCUACAGCAACUACAACACCAACCAUCCUGCCUCCAGUCCCAGUCAAUGUGUCAGCGCCCGAACCCCCAUGAGCAAACUGGGCGAGGGUCCGCAGGUCGGGGAUUCCUUUGAAGCCUGUUUGGUGACGAGGCAUCAGGGUUUUGUGCCACCCCUGGGAAAGUCGCCACCUUCAAAAUACGUUCAAGUGAAGGCAGGAAGCCAGAUUCAGCCAGUCGGGCAGCCGCUUAACCAGAUCGGAUCUGCUAAAGGAAACCAUGACGAAAAGGCUCCAGAGAAGAUAACUAUUAAACAAGAGAAUCUCAGCUAUGCCUACCUGGAGGAUGUGAAUGACAUCAUAAGAAGAGACAUGAAAGGCCACAGUGGAGUCUGAACCCGCAACACUUUAACAUCUCUGAAGAUCAAGACUUCUAAAAUGUUAUUGGAAAUAUAUUGCAAGCCGAUAUAAUAUUGGUUUGUAUGUUUUUUUAAUUUCAAGACAGCAUCAUGUUACUGUUGAAUUCAGAAAGAACAGUGGUUCAGCUUUGUAAGAACUUUAAAAACAGCCGUUUAUAAAGAUAUGCUAUGUAUCUGUUUUGCCUUUAAUCACUUUUGAAUUUUUUCUGUUCAUAUUAUUGUACAAUUGCUCUUUUAAGAAUGUAGAAACUAUUUUAUAAAAAAUAAAUUCAGUUUAUAUGA